AUGUCAGCAGAAAAUGGUAAAAAAAUUUUUAUUCAAAAAUGUGCUCAAUGUCGCACAGUUGAAAAAGAUGGUAAAAAUAAAGUUGGACCAAAUUUAAGUGGUAUUCUUGGAAUAAAAACUGGUAUGACAACUGGUUUUGCAUACUCAGAUGCAAAUAAAUCAAAAAAUACUACUUGGAAUGAUAAGACUUUAUUCGAAUAUUUAGAAAAUCAAAAAUAUAUUCCUGGAACAAAAAUGGUUUUUACUGGUAUUAAAAAAGCCGAAGAACGUAAAGAUUUAAUUGAAUAUUUAAAGAGAAUAUAAAUUAAAUUUAAAACUAUAAAACCAAAUUAUUCUUUUUUUUAAUUUUAAGGUUGAAGGCGUUCAUAUGCAAAUUUUUGAUGUCAAUAAUAUUAUCAAUUUUUUUUUACUCUUCUGAUAAAAUACAAUAGAGACAACUACACAUAGGCCGAAACCCAUUCAAAAAUAUUGGAUACAUAAUAGGUUCCAAUGUGAUGUUACUU